UGGGGGGAUUGGUUGGCCGGCCAUGUGGGCCCAGCCCCCUGCUCUGCUCCGCCCCUCGGCCCCUCCCUCCUCCCUCCCUCGCAGGCUGGGAGAGCUCUCCUGGCUGGCCCUGAGCGUCGGGACGGACUGAGCCGCGGCUACGACCAGAGCGCUGCCCCGAGGAGGAACGCCCUAAAGAGGAGGGGAGGGAAGAGAGAGAAAGAGAGAGAGGGAGAGACUGAAGAGAGGAGAGGAGAGCCAGCCAGCCGGGCGGCCGGAGGCGGGGAAGAGAGGGAGAGAGGGAGAGAGGGAACGCAAGAGAGAGACAGGGAGUGAAAGCAAACCAGGGGCUGAGAGAGGGGCGCGCUCACUUCUCCAAGUGCCAACUUUCCCUGGAGAGAGUGUGUAGGGGUGCGGACCUUCCUCUGGGGAGAAAGCCAGCACAACUUGAGAUUGGAGAGAAACGGGUUUGCUCCCUUUCCCUCCCCCUUGAUUCUGCCCCCUCUCCCCCCAAUAAAGAGGGGGAAAAAACCACCCUCUUUACAACCCAAUCUGUCCCCAUUCCCUGGCACCAUGAAGGCGGCGGUCGAUCUCAAACCUACUCUCACCAUCAUCAAGACAGAGAAAGUGGACCUGGAGCUUCUCCCUUCCCCUGAUAUGGAAUGUGCAGAUGUUCCCCUCUUAACUCCAAGCAGUAAAGAAAUGAUGUCACAGGCACUGAAAGCCACUUUCAGUGGUUUCACUAAAGAGCAGCAACGGCUGGGAAUUCCCAAAGAUCCCCGGCAAUGGACAGAAACCCAUGUUCGUGACUGGGUAAUGUGGGCAGUGAAUGAGUUCAGCCUGAAAGGUGUGAACUUCCAGAAGUUCUGCAUGAGUGGAGCUGCCCUUUGUGCUUUGGGCAAAGACUGCUUCUUGGAACUGGCCCCAGAUUUUGUUGGUGACAUCUUAUGGGAGCAUCUAGAGAUCCUACAGAAAGAGGACAUGAAGCCAUAUCAAGUUAGUGGAGUCAACUCUGCCUAUCCAGAGACCCGCUAUACCUCGGAUUACUUCAUUAGUUAUGGAAUCGAGCAUGCCCAGUGUGUUCCUCCAUCAGAGUUCUCAGAGCCCAGCUUCAUUACUGAGUCCUACCAGACACUGCACCCCAUCAGCUCUGAGGAGCUCCUUUCCCUCAAAUAUGAGAAUGACUAUUCCUCAGUCAUCCUUAGCAGGGACCCUCUCCAGGCAGAUACCUUGUCAACUGACUAUUUCACAAUCAAACAAGAAGUUGUAACCCCAGACAACAUGUGUAUGGGGAGGACCAGUCGUGGUAAACUUGGAGGCCAGGACUCCUUUGAGAGCAUAGAGAGUUACGACAGCUGCGACCGCCUCACUCAGUCCUGGAGCAGUCAGUCAUCCUUCAACAGCCUCCAGCGUGUCCCCUCCUAUGACAGCUUCGAUUCUGAGGACUAUCCUGCUGCCCUGCCCAACCACAAACCCAAGGGCACCUUCAAGGACUAUGUGCGUGAUCGUGCUGAGCUCAACAAGGAUAAGCCCGUCAUUCCUGCUGCUGCCCUGGCAGGCUACACAGGCAGUGGACCAAUCCAGCUGUGGCAGUUUCUUCUGGAGUUACUCACAGAUAAAUCCUGUCAGUCAUUUAUUAGCUGGACAGGAGAUGGCUGGGAAUUCAAACUCUCUGACCCAGAUGAGGUGGCCAGGAGAUGGGGCAAAAGGAAAAACAAGCCCAAGAUGAACUACGAGAAACUGAGCCGUGGCCUACGUUACUACUAUGACAAAAACAUCAUCCAUAAGACAGCGGGUAAACGCUAUGUUUAUCGCUUUGUGUGUGACCUGCAGAGCCUGCUUGGGUACACGCCUGAGGAACUCCAUGCCAUGUUAGAUGUCAAACCUGAUGCAGAUGAGUGACAGAGUUGGAAGGAAACAGGGACAAUUUUGCAUUUCAAAGACUGAGUGUAUCAGUCGGACUGUUGAUUUUAAAUUGUCUGUUUUUUGUUUUUGUUUUUUAUUAUUAUUUUCCAGAAGUGAGAAACUCAGUUUUUACAUUCAGGGGUGGGAACUGAGCCGAAGCUAUAACUGAUGGUGGUGUGGCUGCCAAUGGAAAGUAAGGAAGGACUUUUAAACUAGGGAAGGAGAGAUUUUAAAGGGAAAGGGAGGAUCUUCAAAGAAGCCAGAAGAAUCUGGUUUAAGUGAGGAGAGUCAAAUAUUGAAUCAUUUAUAGAAACAAUUCAUUGAAAAGAUGCCACUUUGGUUAUGGCCUUAUUGAUAAGCAAAAGAAACUGACACUUCGGGAAGUCAAAAGACUGAUGAAAUGAUAGAUUUUUUUAAGGGCUGGGAGGGCAAAAAGGGUGGGAUAGAAGGUUCUGUUCUGGGGAUAGACCUUGGAAAAACACAAGAACUCUGGUCCCUUUUACUCUUUACCUUUUGCUCUGCUUUUGGAACAAAAAAAUGAACUUCAGUGGGGAGGGGACCAAGUUUUUUUGUGUUUAAAAUUUAUUUUAUUAAAUUUUGUGCCAGUAUUUUUUUUCUUAAAAAAUCGUCUUAAGCUCUAAGGUG